AUGUCGUACUCUGGACAGAAGCGUGAGGCUGAGGGCUCGUGGGGAGGCGAGCAGGCGUCCAAGUCGCGCAAGACGCUCUCCGGCUCGGCCAUGCCGACGGCCAAUUCGGCCGGCAACGGCGCAGGCGGCGCGGCCGGAGCUGGAGGCUACGGCUACGCUCAGUCUGGCUACGGCUAUGCUGCGCCUGCUGCCGGUGGCUAUGGGUAUGCUGCUGCUGCGCCGAGCGCCGCCGGGUACGACCCGUCCGGAGCGUGGGCUGCGGCGGGGUACGCCGGCUACGGCUAUGCCGCUGCGCCCGCUGCCGGCGGAUAUGGGAUGGCGGCUGGCGGCGCGCCGGCGGGCUACGGCUACGGUGCAGGCGUGGGCGGAGCCCAGGCGCCUGGGAUGGAGGAGAACCGGGUGUAUGUUGGAUCCAUCUCGUACUCGGCCAACGAGGGUGACGUGCACGCCCUCUUCUCGCAGAUUGGGCCCAUCCAGUCCAUUACCAUGCCCCGCGACCGCGAGCUCGACCGCCACAAGGGCUUUGCCUUUGUCGCCUUCCACUACCCGCAGUCGGCGUACCAGGCCAUUGCGUCGCUCGACGGCUACGAGUUUGCUGGCCGCAACCUCCGGGUCUCGCGCCCCCAGAACCCGGCGGUGACCCGCGGCGACAGCUCGGGCGGCCACGCUGGCGGCCACAUGGGCGGCCACGGCGCGCCCUCGCACGUCAUGGACCUGCGCCUCUCGGACCACAACCCGCCGCCGGGCGUCGACCCCUCGGCGUCAACCCGCCCCAACCGCAUCUACGUCGGCGCCAUCCAGUUUGCUGCCUCGGCCCACGACGUCAAGGCCGCCUUUGAGCUCGUCGGCCCCGUCCGCAAUGUCCAGCUCAUUGCCCACCCGGCCUCGGGCCGCCACCGCGGCUACGGCUUUGUCGAGUUCUGGCACCUCGAGUCAGCCGACCGCGCCGUCCAGACCAUGAACGGCUACGACCUUCAGGGCCGCCCGCUCAAGGUCGACUGGGCCUCGCCGCCCAACGACCCGAAGCUCCGCAACGAGGUCGCCGCUGCUGUCCCCGCCCUUGCAGACACCGCCGUCCCGCUUGCCGAGCAGCCUGCCGCUGCCCCGGUCGCCGACGCCCCGACCUUUGCCACCUACUCUUCCGAGUCGUUUGGCGCACCCCACCCCUUCCGCUGA